GUGGUUUGUUUUUCCAAGGUCGUCUGUAUCGGUAAAUAAGCACGGGUUCCACCGAGAGUUUUCACAGUUGACAGUUACCUACUAAGAUGGAUCUUACUCUAGACGAUUUAGUUCAAGAGUCUGAAAAGUUACUCAUGGAUGUACAAGAAGACAAUGAUCUGCCGCAUAUCACUAGAAGUUUAGACCAAAUGCGUCACUUAGGUGAAAAACUUUAUUUGUCCAGGGGAUCUAACAGUGAUAUUAAAGCUGCGCGUCUGUUGGGGCCAAAAAUGAGCUACGAGCUACCGCAGAAUUUGACAACAAAGUUGGAAAAUUUAGUUUCAACUGAUGUGCACGAAAUAUGUCCCUCAUUACCGAAAACCGAUAUACAGUCAUUCCUACGUUCAGAGAGAAAUAAUGCAUUACUAACAGCAGUUCUCAUGACUCGAAAGUCGAUGUUUGAAGAAGUAGAAGAACGCUGUGAUGCUUAUUUACAGUCCUGGUGGGAACAAGAAGCUGCUGGUGUUUUAAGUGCUCUCUCGGGUUCAAAUGGGCCUCUGGAUACAGAACUCACUUGCCUUCCCGAUUUAGAAAAUUAUCGUCACUCAGAUUUGGGAGAUGUAAUACAAACUAUGCAACUAACUCGGGACGAACUACUUUAUGCAAACCAAUUAGAUCACUACCUUACCAUGCGUCUUUCAUCUACCGAUUUCACAAGUUUUCAAAAUGGAGUUCCUCGCGAUCUACUAACCUAUAUGUUACGGACUCAGGAUUCUGUUUCUCGCGAAAAGCAGUUAAAAGUGCACUUAAAAAAUCCUCAUUCCGACGUCACAGAGAUAUGGAGCCUCAUGAAAAGAAUCUCUGAUCGUAUGCGUAAUGAACAUGCCAGUAUGUUAUCUUAUGACCGUCCAUUGGAAGUCCGAGCGUCUGUGUCAGUACAGAAUACUUUAUCAAUGUGUUCUCUGGAGCAUCUGGAGUCUGAGUUUCUGGAGUUUAUAAAAGUGACAGUUUCCAGCCAACCUCGAUUAGCUCGACUUGGUGGACGUCCGGGAACUCGAUCAUUAGUGCGUGCAUAUCUAAGUCUUCGUCUACCCUCUGAAAAUAUGACAGAUGUUUCAUCUCUCAGUAACCUUUAUCAAUUAUCCGAACAAAAUGGUUGGGAAUUUGAUGAUGGUCUUGUAGAUGGUGUUCCUGUGUGGCCAAUGAUUUUUUACUGCCUUCGCACGGGAGAUACUCAGGUUACUUUGGAAGUUGCUCGUGAUGCCCUAAACAACUUGGGAAAUUUUGUUAAUGUGCUAGAGGAUUACAUAAAGCACAAUCGUCGUCUCCGAACUCCCAACCAAGGAAGAUUUCGUCAGACAUGUAAACAAGUGAUCAAGUCUACUCGUGAUCCAUAUAAACGACUAACGUAUUCUAUCCUUGGUCAAUGUGACCUCAGUGAAAAUCAUUCAGACAUUAUUUCAAAUAUAGAUGACUUUUUAUGGAUAAAGAUAUCUCAGGUUAUUGCUCAAGAGUCUGCAGAACCAGUGGUUUCAUCAAAAGUUGGUAUGGAGGAUACGCUUACUUUAGGUCAAUUGCAAAGUUUACUAUAUGAAACCUAUGGUGAAGUGCAUUUUGACGCGUGGUCUCAACCACUUGUUUUCUUUAAAAUUUUAUGUCUUACUCAACAGUAUGAAGCUGCUAUCGGAUUUCUUACUCGGUUUGAACAACUGCGAUGCCAUGCUGUUCAUAUUGCUUUAGUUCUAAGGGAUUUGCAUAUGCUUUUACUUCCUAACUGGCUCCACUCGCCACUUGUGGUUCGUAAUGAUUACGAUCCUACAGGGUUUCGUCGACUUAAUUUGGCUCGUUUAAUAAUGUUGUAUACGCGGAAAUUUGAAGUCACUGAUCCAGAGAAAGCCCUUAUGUAUUAUUACAUGCUUUCUGACAUCCCAAUUACUACUGAUAAACCACCUGAAGAUUCUAAUGCGACUAUUCCCAAUGGAUUACAUAAUACAUCUAUUGAAAAUUUGACUGCUAAAAAUCAAAAUUUGUUCGUCCAAUGUGUUUGUGAAUUGGCUUUGGCAAACAAAGAGUUAGAUUUACUCUUGGGGUGUAUCGGUGAUAACGAUAUUCGCAAACCUGGUGCUAUCGACCGUUUUUGCAGGUCUGUAGAAUCACGUCGAGAAUUGAUUCGUACUGUUGCUGAUGUUUUUGAAUCCAGCGGUCAAGUGGUUGAAGCUAUUCAUUUGUACUUGCUUGCUUCGGCCUGUGGAGACCCUAAACCUGACAUUUUAGUUUCUGUUGCUUUAAUAAAUACUGUGCUAUCAAGUGUGAUAGUAACAUCUGACCUGGGGGCAACACCAAUAACGCAAUCCCGAUUUGGAGGACAAUUAGAUCGUAGUUCACUUCUAAGACUUGCAACAGAGAUUGCUCAUAGAGUCCGCCGAUUGGGCUUAUCUACAGAUGGUAGUAAUUAUCUCGUUCAAAAUGAGGUAGAAACAGACGCGACUGGAUGUACAUCAGCUAUAAAAAUAUUAUUUUAUCUCCUCGAUUUAGCCGCGUUCUUCGACCUAGUUGAUGCAGAAAGAUGGCAAGCUGCUGUUGACCAUAUGGACCAGCUGGGUCUAUUCCCAAUUAAUUCACAAGCUUCCAAUGUGGAAUCAUGUGCCAUGUUAUUCUCACAACUCCCAGAUCUUGUUCGUCGCCCUCUCCCGUGGGCGCUCUAUGCUCUAAUGCGUUGUUUAUCAGCGAAGUGUGGUCGAGUCACAUCUGUCACAAGCAAUGGAACGCGAGUGGAUAGUACUUCGAAGAUGGCUACUUCUGAAAUUCGUGCUAGAGCGAAGGGAUUGAUAGCAUAUGUUGGUCGUAUUCCACACAGACUACCAAGUGAAAUUUAUGCCGGACUUACUCGAAUGGAUAUGGAAAUAAUGUAAUCUGCUAAUGAAACCCUGAUGUCCUUAAACAAUCAGAUAUUAGUGUUAUGUACAUUAUCUGUCCUUAUUCGUACACCUUUCCUAUCAUAAAUAAACGAAUAAUGUUACUUUCGCUUAUUGU